GACAGUGAAGGACUCUAGCCUAUCCUCUCUAAACAAUCAAGGCAAUGGUCCUGACUGAGUCGCGGCUUACGAGUGAGACUUUUUCACUGCAAAAGCCAGGGAAAAACACUCCACGUUGAAAUGAACCAGAGGCCAGCAGUCGCUAUGGAUUAAAACGAAAACUUUUACGAUGGCUGUUAAUGUGAAAAAGUAGGCAAAACAUCAGCAGACCUUCAGCAAGCAACUAGAUGCACGAGCCUUGCUAGUAUGAGCGAGCAGAGCGGUCACAAACCUGGCUGCAGUAUUUUCCUCUGUAUUUUAACCGAAUCAGCCUCCUUAAACCUUUAACGACUUGUGUUACUUUAAAUUCUAAAACAGUCAAAGUCCGGUACACUUUUGAUUCUGAAAGAGUUAUGGCGGGGAAGGUGACAGCAGGCUCGGGAAUACUGCUCGUGACAGCCAACGUUGGAUCGCUCUUUGAAGAUCCUGAUAACCUACAGAAGACAUGGCUGCGGGAAUUCUACCAGACUGUUCAAUCACACAGGCCCCACUUCAUCGCAGUGCACUGUCAAGAGGUGGGCGGGAAGAACUACGAAGCGUCCAUGUCACACGUGGAUUGUUUUGUCAAGGAGCUGCUGUCCAGUGAUGCCAUGAAGGAGUACAACAGAGUCCGUGUCUACCUCGACGAGAACUACAAAUCCCAGGAGCAUUUCACAGCACUAGGAAGUUGCUACUUCCUUCACGAAUCAUUGAAAAACAUCCAGCAGUUUGAUUUCAAAGCCAAGAAAUUCAAGAAGGUGGUUGGGAAAGAGAUCUACUCAGACACACUAGAGAGCACACCCAUGUUGGAGAAGGAGAAGUUUCCUCAGGACUACUUCCCUGAGUGCAAGUGGUCCAGAAAAGGCUUUAUCAGGACUCGAUGGGCUCUGGCUGACUGUGCUUUUGACCUGGUCAACAUCCACUUGUUCCACGAUGCCUCCAACAUACUGGCUUGGGAGAAGAGCCCCUCAGUCUACUCCGGGACGAGACAGAAGGCCCUGGGCUUCGUCUUAGAUAGGAUCACUGACCAGAGGUUUGAAAAGGUGCCAUAUUUUGUCUUCGGAGACUUCAACUUCAGGUUGGAUACAAGGCAGGUUGUUGAGAGUCUGUGCUCCACUGCCACCAUGCAGACGGUCAGACUAGGUGACACCAAUGAAGUUGACAAGCUAAUAUUCAGAGAAUCUGAGAACGAUCGCAAGGUUGUACUUCAACUUGAAAAGAAGCUUUUCAAUUAUAUUAACCAGGAUGUUUUCCGGGAAAACAAUGGGACCCUGUUUUUACAGUUUGACAGUGAGCUGUCCUGUUUCAAGGAACGGCUGCACGAGCUGGAGAUAUCCUUUCCUCCCAGUUAUCCGUACAGUGAAGACAGCAGUCAGGGAAAGCAGUACAUGAACACUAGAUGCCCUGCCUGGUGUGACCGCGUCCUUAUGUCUGCCACAGCUAAAGACCUGGUCUUAAAGAGUCAACACAGUGGCAGAACCCAAAGCUGUGGCCCACCACCCUGCCUAAAUCCAGAAGAGGCAUUGUAAACUCUCAACCAAUCUGCCACCACUCCCCUCCCUUCCCCGUCAUCACGGCACCAGUUUGGGCUCCAGACUGUUGUCUUUCCCCUGUUGUUUGCUGGAUUACUUGAAAUAUCUACCAUGCUAGUCUCUCAAAGUUGUUCACGUCUGACUGUGAUGUUUAGAGAACAAGGCGGAUCUGGGGUUGGAUAAUGCAAAACUGUUUCUAAGACCUCUUCAGCACUUGGCAUCUUCGCAAAGUGCAUCUCUUAACAUGUUUACAAUCAGCCUAACUUACCAUUUUCCAUGUAACCACGACUUUAAGAACUGCAUCCUUUUUUAGUAAGUUUUCCCUGUUGGUGGCGACUGUUGUCGUAAAAAAAAAAAAAUGUUGGUAAAUCUGUCAUUUCAGUUUAUGCGGAGGUGUCCCAUUUUUUUGUUUGUUGCUUUAAUCAGCCCAAUGAAUAGAUUGAGUUUGUCCACCUAUUUGAUUACUAUGCUUUUUAAGGUGACAAGAGGAGAAAUGUAUUGUGUCUGAAAGUGCAUACUCACCCUUGAUUAAGCUGGAGAUGGUCCAUGACAAUAGAGCUGUUGGAAGGCAUCUGGUGUGAUAAAUGAGACUAGAUUACACCGGCGAGGCCAGCUGUAAAUUUAAGUGAAGGCAGCCACCUUGACAUGGCAGAUGUUCAGUAGGCACAAAAUUGUCCGAAAUGGGGUGAAACCGAGAGAAACAGCCUGAACAUGUCCACUGCAAAACAUUUUGCUACGGUGUGCCCUAUUGAACAUGUCCCUGUACGGGGAGGAACUUGCCAUCCAUGGCGACGAGCGAAUCUUUGAUGAACACAACACCAGAGCAUCCCUUCCUCCACAGGAGCACCUCUCUUCUGUACUACUGUAGUUGUGCCUGCCGUUUAUCUGAUGGUCUGGGGGUGUGCAGGAGUCUCUAGGAUAAAAGCCUGGUCCACUUCACAGUGGGAGUCUGCACACAACCACACUCACAUCUCUGAGCUCCAGAACACAGAAGGGAGGAGAGGAAGGAAGUUGGCUUUCUAAAAUAUAACAAAUCCAUACUAGCCUUUCUUCUCAUCUGCUGUGGCUUUAGGAGAAGGUUUGGCUAACCCCCCUUUCCAAAACACUUGCCCUCAUCAUUAGUUUUAAAAAAGAGACAAAAAGGCUAUAAAUUGUCCAUAAAUAGUAGUUCUACAAUUAUUUAUUUUCUCAAUUACAGGUUAAUUGCUUGUAAUGUAGAGGGAGCCUAAUGUUAAAAUGUUCACAGAUUGGCUGAUGAUGCACUGAGCAUACGCACGUGUGCACACACAAACACACACACACUCAGUCACUCCAAGACAGCGUUACAGAUUGUAGAGACAUGGGCCUGAAAAACAGGCGUCCACGUGGCAUCGUCUAUCAUGGCAUGGUCGGUUAACUCGCCGCCAUGUUAUUUUCUGCUUGCCGAGCCCUAACACACCAAAGGUUGCCCGCUGCCUGCGCGGCACAGCGCCGGAGGGUGGAUGUGCGGUAAUGAAUGCUCAGCGGAGCGAGCGCUCUGUUUCUGCCGGAGGGCCCCCGGUAAUUUGUUUAUCUGUCUAAAGAUUAUGCAGCUCGAAAAUCCACAAUUUGAUGCUGUCUUUGUAAAUGAUCAAGUCUCUAUGUGAUGAAUGUAUCCCGGGCUCCAGGAGUCAGCGACUUGUGCGUUUGGCAGGCGGUUGGGGAAAGUGCCGGUGCGUGGCCCUAUAGAAAGGUAGAGUGAGGUACCCGGUGCACGCCAGCGCACCAGUGACCUUAGACUAGCAGGAUAGGUUUGAAGUUAAUUUGGAUUUAAGUUUCUGGUCCAUUCUGAAGCUACUCGUUGUUUCUUCUCAAGUGGAAGCGCUGCGCUCACCUAGUCACAACUGACGGCUCUCAGGCUCUUUAAAAAGUAUUCAGUUCUACCAGAGAAAUGAUUUAUUAUAGUCUAGGCCUGAGGUUUAUGUCUGUGUUUUGACACUUCCUUUGUGUGAAAUAUGGAAACAUGAUUCAUUCAUAUGCUGUGUGAGCUCAUUUGUUUGGGAGGUAAAUAUGGUCUUGGUAACUGGUUUCCUUAGUUCCUGUCCAUUCACUGUAUUCAAUCUUCAAGUACAAUGUGCAAUAUUGACUUUCUGAAGUUGUAUUAACUCUGUUAAAACUCUGCUGUUAGUUAUAAAUCAGUCAUAUGUAAUCAACUGUAGGCUCCUUCAGGAUCAGGUUUAAUGACACCGCUUGAAAUGUCUAAGAUAAGAAUUUACUUGUAAUAACAUUGUUAAAAUGAAAUCCGAAUAAUGCUUAUUUGACCUCGAAAUGGCAACAAAUAAAAUUAUUUGGCAAACUUGG